AACUAAAGGUUGCACGUGAUGGUCAUGGUUGUGAUUUGAGUCCUCCAGUCCUUGUGAAGGAUUCUGGUUUUGUCCUGGAAGUCAAAACCCCGGGAUAAAAUCAUCAUGAACAGCGCGGGAGAUUUCUUCUUCCUGUUUCAUGUUGACGUAGUGAGCUCGUUCUGCUUCUACCGCCGCUGACUAAAAACGAACAACCACAGGUCCACAGAAAAACAGAAAACGGAGUAACUUCUGGAUUGUGGAAGAAUAUGGAAGACAUUCAGCAGCCCAAGUCUGGGCACCUAAACGGCACCACAACCAAGAAGAGAGAAGACUAUCUGGAAUGGCCUGAGUACUUUAUGGCUGUGGCCUUUCUGUCCGCUCAGAGGAGCAAAGACCCAAGCUCACAGGUGGGCGCCUGUAUAGUGAACCAGGAGAAUAAAAUAGUUGGUAUUGGUUACAACGGUAUGCCUAAUGGCUGCGAUGAUGACCUGCUACCAUGGUCCCGAUCAGCUGAAGACCGCCUGGACACUAAGUACCCUUAUGUGUGCCAUGCAGAGCUGAACGCCAUUAUGAACAAAAACAGUGCUGAUGUGAAGGACUGCACCAUGUAUGUGGCUCUGUUCCCCUGCAAUGAGUGUGCCAAGCUCAUCAUCCAGGCAGGUAUUAAGGAAGUGGUCUAUCUCUCUGAUAAGUACCAUGACACGCCAGAGAUGACAGCUUCUAGAAGACUGCUCAGCAUGGCAGGGAUACAAUACAAGCAGUUCAAGCCCAAGAGGACUGAGAUUGUCAUUGAUUUUAAUUCCAUUAACCACCCUGGAAUGCUGAACAGCACAACCAAGUGAAAAUGCAAACAGCUCACCUCGGGGAGCCACUGAAAGAGGUGGGGAGGUGGAGGGAGACUGACGAGAUGGAAAAGGACUUUGAUGCCUCCUUUCUGUGUGUCUUCUUGCCCUCUGCUUUGUCCAAAGGAAAAUUCAAGGAUACCUUGACUUUGGCGUGUUUUUGAUAUUUUGAUCAACCGGAUAUUCAAGAUAGUUUUAUUUGACGCUUCACCCAAUGUGGCUGACUGUGGCAGAAGGUCUUCUUUGACAUUUUUUUUUCUUUUAAAAAAGGAAUAUACAAGGACCCUGAACACACUGUCUUUAGUUUUUGAUUUUAAAAUCCUUUGAAUCGUAAAUCAGAUCUCCUCAUGGCUGUCUGCACAGGGGAAAACUUUUUUUUUUAAAUUAUUAUUAUUAUUUUAUUAUUAUUUUCAUUCGAAGAUGGUUCCAGACUGAGAGGCAAAGGGAGUAUUACCUUGAUAUUCUUUUGACCUUUCCCAUUCACCUUGGAGGCUGCCCAUCGAAUCUAAGUAUUGUCCUGUUGAAUACAGGGAGCUCCUCUGUCCUGUAUGAAAGCUAAUUAUCUGUUUUUGACUCCCUGGCUGCCAUUUCCUCAAAGGUCAGCACUGUUAAGAUGGUUGGCUAUUAAUUAACAGCACAAAUGUGUGGGUCAAAUUUCACCAAAGGUAAAUAAACAAACUAUUCCUUUAUGCUGAUUGGUUCUCUGCAACUGUCUCAUCAUGGUUGCUCUCUAAGUUGUGUUAAGUUAUAUUAAGUUGGCAACACUAAAACUUUUGCAGCUUCAUGGAGAGCAGAAACCCCAUCCCUUUUCCAAGGUAGCCUGUUUUACUAUGUAUUUUCUAUGUUGAGGUUUUUUUCUGGCUUUCUGAUGAUGGCGAUGGGCAUUUACUACUGUACUGGCAACUUGCUCAUGUUAACAAAGAUAAAGCAAUGAUUUCUUUUUUUUUAGCCCUCAACAACUACAUAUCCCAUGAAGCUAUGACAGAACUAUGAGUGAGACCUAUGGGAGCUGUAUUUCUUUUAUUAAAUGACAUUAAUUUGCUAGAUAAGAAGGAUUAAUUGAGCUGUUUUACAAAUGGUCCAAUUAAUUGGAAUUCCUAUUCAAAAUAAGUGAUGGCUCACAAGCAAGGAUGUUUGAAUCCAGAAAGCCAGCAGAUUAUCUAAUUAUCACACUUUUAUUUAAGGUUUCUUUCAUGUUACCAAAAGGCUUUUAAAAAUGUGCAUUUAUUGUAUCUGUCUGUGACUAUAUUGCAUUGUCUUAUUGUUAUAUAGUCUGACUUGCUGUUACAAGCUUAUGAAAGCUUAUUGACUACAUGUACUGUAUGUACAUGUGUGCUUUCACAUGGAUGUCAGGAAAACACAAUUCAUUGCUCUUGUAGACAGUAUGUCUUCAUACUAACAUUCCUUCAACCAUGUCAGCUGUUGGCGCAGUUUAAGUCAAUAAAACAUUGGUACCACGUGA